AUGUCCGAUGCAGCUGAGCUUGUGAAUAAAACGGUUCCGAUCCCUGAUGAUCCGGGUCAUUAUGCCAUUGCUCUGGACGUGUUCCAUCAACUUCACUGCCUGAAUGCGAUUCGCCAAAAGAUUUGGGCCACAGAAGCUGUCGAUCCCAAUGAUGAUACGCUGAGCAUUGAGCACGUUGACCAUUGUAUUGAUUCGAUCCGGCAGAGCCUGAUGUGCUCUUCGGAUAUCACCCCAAUAGUAUUCCAGUGGGACGAGGAGGAACAGGAAGCAAAAGCAAUGGCCAACGUGAUGCAUCAGUGCCGUGACUUCGAAGCUAUAUGGCAAUGGGGGAAAGAGCAUCACUCGAACAAUUUUAAUAUGAGCAAGCAUGUUGAUGAUCCGCUGGAUAUGUGA